AUGCAUUCUUCUGUUGCGAUCUUGGUUCUUGCCCUCGCCCCAGUCCUUAUUCGAGCUCUAUGCCCGUACGCUGAGCAUAUGGGGGAAAGGGACAUGCCAUCGGGGCAUCCAGUAAUCAGCACAAGAGCUUCCCGGAACAGCACCAAGGGCCUUAUGCUGAUGAAUCGCAUUGCCCCCGGCACGUCCGAACUGUACAUUGCUGAUGCAGACGGAAGCAAUGAGCAGCCCUUGCUCGCUGAUCCAGUGUUCGAGUACCAUGCCUCCUUUUCUCCCGAUGGAGAAUGGGUUCUCUUCACAACGGAGCGCAAUGGAGAUGGUAACGCCGAUAUUUACCGAGUUCGUCCCAAUGGUUCUGAUCUCCAGCCCUUGGUUACAACCCCGGCUGUCGAGGACUCUGUGGUACUGUCCCCCAACGGAAGCCUCGCCGCGUAUACUUCGACAGAGGGCAUGGUAGCCAACAUCUGGUUGUUCGAUAUUGCCACAGGUAGGCGCUGGAAUUUGACUGACAAUCCAGAAGUCGCAUCCACGACCAACAAGAGCCUUCCUCAUGGUUACUUCCGACCGGCGUGGUCUCCAGAUGGAGAAUGGCUGGCCUUUUCAUCAGAUCGCAACACCGAGUGGCUUGGUCACGGUACGGAGACAUUUCUCGGUUUGAGCGGAUGGGAGCAUACACAAGAGUUGUCAAUAUACGCUAUCCGGCCGAAUGGCACUGGCUUCCGCCAGGUCGCUAAGAAGGAGGGCUAUGCAUUGGGUUCGCCAACAUUUUCGCCUGAUGGAACUCGUUUGGUCUACUAUGAAAUAACAAGAGAGGACACUUAUAAUGCCCAUUCUUCAUUUGGAGUCGACUCAACAAAUACGUCCAUUGUUUCAAUUGACUUCGAGACUGGUUCUGACCGCACAGUCGAAAUUGGAGGAGCUGGACUGAAGAUUUUCCCACAAUAUAUCGACGACAAUACGAUUGGGUAUUUCCAAAAGGGUAGUGCGAGCGAGGGGAUCCAUAUCACCAAUGGCACUUACCGUAAUACUACUUCUGAGACAUCAAGUGUCCGGUCCCCUUCCUGGUCGCCAGAUGGAAAGAAAGUUGUUUACGAGAAAACUAGCUGGACAGUUCGAGCUUUUGAGAAACCCCUCUUUAGCUGGGACGAUGAAUGGGAGUAUCAGUUUGUGGAUGUAUUCCCACACCUAUCUCUUCAGAAUCGCCUGGUUAUGACCGACAAGCAGUUGGGGGAUUCAUCCAUCAUCAACUCGAACACCACGGGUGGUGAUGUUAUCAAUGUCUAUGACCCAGUGAAUAGCAGCAUCAUAACACCCGGAGAAGCAGCCCAGGGUAGUGGUGGUGCCUACCAGCCCUCAUGGUCCACAGACGGGGAAUGGCUUACUUUUGGCGCCGGAUUCUGGUUCCAGGGUCGAGGCUCCGGGGGUGGAUGGGUCAUAAGAGCUACUGCCAACGGAUCUUAUGCAGAAAACUUGACAGAAAGUGCCACUACACUGGACAAUAAAACACUGAACUCUGGCUUUCCUAGCUAUUCCCGAGACGGAAAGAGUAUUGUUUUCCGCGUUUGGGGAGUUAACUCGACUAACGGAGACGAGUCGCAACUCGGGUUGCGGCUUUUGGACCUUGAGAGCAGGAAUGUGACGGUGCUAACGACCGGAUGGGAUAACCUUCCAUUUUUCUCUCCGGAUGGUGAAAAAAUUGUUUUCACUCGCAAGACGAGCGUUAAAAAUUACGAUAUUUGCACAAUCCGCCCUGAUGGCACCGAUCUCCAGGUUCUAACGACCACCGAGGCUAACGAUGCUCACGCCGUCUGGUCUCAGGAUGGUCGGAUUCUUUAUUCGACAGGAGAGUACGGCUUCCAAUAUGAAUGCGGUUUGUACGAUAAUACAUUCCAGCCCUAUGGCCAGAUAAACAUUAUGGAUGCGGAUGGCUCCAACAAGCGGCCAUUGACAAAUUCAAUGUGGGAAGACUCCAUGCCUCUGUUUGUAGCAAAUGGUGCUUUGUGA